GAACAAGGCACCGACGCAUAGACACACAGAGAGUCUGGUCGGGACCUUCCCACCAGUCCAGAGAGCCACACAUACAACCAUACGCAAGACUCAAGAGUCAGAGACCCUAAAAACCGCUCUUUUCCACAGCGUCUUUACUGUUUACUUAACUGUGGGUUGAAACCGCGGGGGAUCUGUUGAUAAAAAGUGUUGAUACUUGACACUACAACCAACAAACCGAAGAAAGAAAUGGCGUCUUCUGUUGGCGGAGCAGCUAGGUACAUGGCGUACUCUCCGUCUCCGUCUGCUCCUCCUUCUCCUCACCUCUCCGGCCUCCGCUCAGCCGCUGCCGCCGCCGCCGCUUCCUCCGCCGCUGCACUCCUCGACCAAGAAAAGUAUCUCACUGAGUUAUUAGCGGAGCGUCACAAGCUUAGUCCAUUUAUGCCCGUGCUUCCCAAUUGCUAUCGCUUGAUAAACCAAGAAAUAUUGCGUGUAACCACACUGUUGGGGAAUGCAUCAGUUUUAGGUCAAAGUGGGCUUGAACAUGCUAGCCCGUUGGCUUCUGGAGGAAUAUUUUCGAAUGGAGGUGCCGAUGUGAACGGAUGGGCAUCACGGUUCCAAUCAGAAAUGUCGGGUUUGAUACAGCCUUCAUCAGCACAAAACUGGCUGAGUUCUCAAUGCAGCUCAUCUGGUCUUAUUGUCAAAAGAACCCUCAGAGUGGAUAUCCCUGUCGAAAAAUAUCCUAAUUAUAACUUUGUUGGGCGUCUCCUUGGUCCUAGGGGGAACUCUCUCAAGAGGGUGGAAGCAAGUACAGAGUGUCGUGUUCUGAUCAGAGGCCGUGGUAGCAUUAAGGAUCCAACUAGGGAAGAGAUGAUGAGGGGAAAACCAGGGUAUGAGCAUUUGAAUGAACCUCUCCAUAUUUUAGUUGAGGCAGAACUACCAGUUGAAAUAAUCGAUGCUCGACUAAUGCAAGCACGUGAGAUACUUGAAGACUUACUGAAGCCUGUGGAUGAAACUCAUGAUUUCUACAAGAAACAGCAGCUACGAGAGCUAGCAAUGAUCAAUGGUACACUUCGUGAGGAGGGUUCUCCUAUGUCUGGUUCAGUUUCCCCCUUCCACAACAGCCUCGGUAUGAAGAGGGCAAAGACCAGGGGCUAAUGAAUCCCCAUUCUUAAAAGGCUUUUGGAGCUAGUGUGUUAGUUUCUGCAAGUAAACAGCAAUUCCCAUGCUGUAGGUGUUGCCAUCCCAGCCAAUGCCUCCAACUGCCAUCGGGGCACUGGCACUACUGUGUGCCAGUUCUAACUUGUUUCUAUAUCAAGUGUGUUUCUCUUCUGUAAGGUGGAGGCUAAGACACAGUGUUACUUAGUAAAGGACUACAUUAAGUACCGGGUUUAUGCUUGUGUGUGUUGCGUUUAGGUUGUUUGGUUGGGGCAUUUCCCCUCCAAAGCUGUCUUUAUGUUAUUAGGUUAUAAUAUAAGUUUGAGAUGGCGAUUUUGUUUAUGGUAAUGGGGGAUAUCUAUUGGGGAAGUGAAGGUAUGGUCUGUAUACGAGCGAGGCAAAAAAACAAUGAUCUAUCCUGUUGCGUGUGGUCUGGGUUGGAAUGUUUUUGUAUUUAUGAAGUGUAGUGCUUAGAUUUGAUUAUAAAGCAUUUUUUGAUAUC